GCUCGAGGCUUUCGAGCUCGGUAGCUGUCAGUCGGUAAGGAGUAGAUUCUCCGUAUAAGUUUAUGCGUAUUAGUUGUGAAUGAUCGCGUGCAAAUUCGCGUUAGCUUGCACGUUUUUCGUUCGUUCUCGUCGGUUAAAAUAUUCGCGACAAAUAUGUUGAAGAUCGAUGUUAUGUCGCCCGCGUGAACGGUAAACAGUUGCGCGGGUGAGUGUGUUGUGUUCCGAGGGAGUGUCGUUAACCUCGCGUUGAGCUCGAAGAGUCGAGGUUCCCUCGCUGGAAAUCGCGCGCAGAUCCUGAACGAAGCUGUCAAUCUCGUGAACAUCGGUGCACGACGGUCGUUCGAUCAGAAUGUCGGCGUCGGCCGCAUCGUUCCCGGCGUCGCGACAGUGAGAACAACACAUCCGGCCAGUGAACCAAGUGUCGACGAGGAAACAGCUCCAGGGUGAGCCGUUUUUCACGUUCAGAAAUUUAGAGACCACCGAGGAAAAUGGCGGACCUCGAGGCGGUACUGGCCGACGUCAGCUACUUGAUGGCUAUGGAGAAGAGCAAAAGCACACCGGCCGCUCGUGCAAGCAAGAAAAUCAUUUUGCCCGAUCCCAGGAAUACUAUGCAGGGAAUACUCGAGGUUAAUAUUUAAUGCAAAGAUGACACGAUGCUUAUACAACAUCUCCGGAGACUGUGUGAGAAGCGUAAUGCACAAAUAUCUGGAAAAGAAGAAGGAAGUUAACUUCGAUAAAAUAUUCAAUCAAAUGUUUGGUUACCUCUUAUUCAAAGACUACUGCGAGAAUGUGGCGGAGGAGCCGAUUCCGCAACUUAGGUUUUACGAAGAGAUCAAGGCGUACGAGAAACUCGAAUGCCCGGAAGAGAGGAGAAAACUUGCCAAAGAGAUCUACGACAAUUUCAUCAUGAAGGAGCUGCUGGCACACUCCCAUGAAUACUCGUCGGAAGCGGUGUCCCACGUUCAUAAAUACCUUAUGAAAAACGAGGUUCCCGUUAAUUUGUUCGAGCCGUAUAUCGAGGAGAUUUUUAAUCACUUGAGAGCGGAACCGUUCAAAAAGUUUCUCGAGAGCGAGAAGUACACGCGAUUUUGCCAAUGGAAAAACUUAGAAUUGAACAUGCAGCUGACAAUGAACGACUUCAGUGUACAUCGAAUAAUAGGAAGAGGCGGGUUUGGAGAAGUUUACGGGUGUCGAAAAGCAGACACGGGAAAAAUGUACGCGAUGAAAUGCCUUGACAAGAAACGAAUAAAAAUGAAGCAAGGCGAAACUUUAGCGCUCAACGAAAGGAUAAUGCUUUCGGCAGUCAGUACCGGAGUCGAUUGUCCAUUUAUAGUAUGCAUGACGUACGCCUUCCAAACGCCGGACAAAUUGUGUUUCAUUCUGGAUCUGAUGAACGGUGGCGAUCUUCAUUACCAUCUAAGCCAGCACGGAGUGUUCAACGAACGAGAGAUGAAGUUUUACGCGGCAGAAGUGAUAUUGGGAUUGGAACACAUGCACCGCAGAUACAUCGUUUACAGAGACUUGAAACCGGCCAAUAUCCUUCUGGACGAGCAUGGCCACGUAAGAAUAUCGGAUUUGGGGUUAGCUUGCGAUUUCUCCAAAAAGAAACCGCAUGCAAGCGUAGGAACGCACGGAUACAUGGCACCGGAAGUGCUUUCGAAAGGUGUAACCUACGAUUCCAGCGCCGAUUGGUUCUCGUUCGGUUGUAUGCUGCAUAAAUUGUUGAAAGGUCAUAGUCCAUUCAGACAACAUAAAACUAAAGACAAACAUGAAAUAGAUCACAUGACAUUAACCAAGAACGUAGAGCUGCCAGAAACGUUCUCACGAGAAUUGCGCUCAUUGCUGGAAGGUCUGCUACAACGAGAUAUCAACAACAGACUUGGAUGUCGAGGUGCAGGUGCGGACGAGUUAAAAGAACACCCGUUUUUCAGUGGUAUCGAUUGGCAACAAGUUUAUCUCCAGAAAUACACGCCACCGCUUAUACCACCGCGCGGCGAGGUGAACGCCGCAGAUGCCUUUGAUAUCGGCUCCUUUGACGAGGAAGACACUAAGGGUAUCAAAUUGACGGAUGCGGAUCAAGAACUGUACAAAAAUUUCCCUCUAACCAUCUCUGAGAGAUGGCAAGCUGAGGUAGCCGAAACUGUGUUCGAGACAAUCAAUAACGAAGCGGACAAGUUGGAAAAUAAGAAAAAAGCUAAACAGAAACAGCGAUUCGACGCGGAUGAAAAAGGAUCUGAUUGCAUUUUACACGGUUAUAUUAAAAAAUUGGGUGGUCCUUUCGCGAGUGCGUGGCAAACGCGUUAUGCAAAACUGUAUCCUAAUAGAUUAGAAUUGCAUCCCGAGUCCACGACAAAGCCUGAACUUGUUUUUCUUGACCAGGUUGAGGAAGUUAGCGCGGAUUUUCAGCACGUGAAAGGGGAACAAUGUAUUGUCGUCCGUAUGAGAGACGCAAAAAUAGUACUUACAAAUCCAGAUGAGAUCAGUUUGAAAGAAUGGGCGUUGUCGCUGAGAUCCGCGCAUAAAUGUUCGAUGGAAAUGCUGGGCAGUAUGGCAAAGAAAGCCGGUAAAAUCUACGGGACUGAAAGAGACGCAGUAAUUCCGGCAAUGCAGCGCUCGACGAAUGGCAACUAGCCCCUUGCUAAUACCUGUACAUCGUCAUCAUACUCCAGUCCCACUGCCCCCCAGCAGCAGCAGCAGCAGCAACAACUUUUUUUAUACUGAGAAUCAACGCAGGCAGAUCUAGAAGAAAUUCCAACGAUUGAACGACCGAGUAAUUUUGGGAGGCGGUUUUUUUCUCCAGUCAGCAUCCCGGAACCAGAAAUAUCCAAGUCUCGAAACAGCUCCAAAGAAAAAACUCCCUUUGAACGGCGGGUAGUGUCACGCUGUAUAGAGACUUUAGGAAGUAGAGUCGUACGAAACGUUACGUCAUUAUAUUUGUACGUUAGCUGUAUGUGCAAUGUGACGUAGGAACUAGCGACUGAACAAUGCCCAUCGACAUUCACGCGAGCACGCGCGCGCGCGACAGAGCACGCGUGUUCACGUAAGAAUCCACACGAGAUACACAUGCAUGCACGCACACACGUACAUAUAUACACAUAAAAAAAAAACACGAAAAUGCAACCGGUAGUGUAUUAUUGUAAUAUCAAAUACGAAAUACGCCCAAAAUCCCGAUUAUACUUCUUCUACACACCCUUCUAUACCGCUCGUUUACUUAAUUUAUUUACUAAUGCAGAAUUACGAUUUUAUAUUGUCGUUUUCGUAAAUGAUACACGCGCGCGAAUUCAUUUAUUUAUUGCGUUUAAGGAAAUAAAAACAAAAAAGAGAAAAAAACUCGGACUACAUUGUCGACAACCAAUCGAAACUAACUGUAAUUAAAAAAAAAAAAAAAAAAAAAGAAAAAAACCCGGACAACAUUGUCGACAACCAAUCGAAACUAACUGUAAUUAAAAAAAAAAAAAAAAAAAAGAAAGAAAAAA